UCAAUGGUGUGUGUGUGUGUGCAGGUGUUGUAUGGCCUAGAGGAGGAAGGUAAAGAGAAGAGUGAUGACUCUCGGCCGUUACUAGGGGACAAUGUUCCCACGUCAGAGAGGGCAUUCUGGGAUAUCUUUGGAGGCAGCAAACUACAAAACAGAGAUCAGUUCAGCAGGUUCUACAGUACACCACAAGUUGAACAGCACGUCCAAACCAUCACUCUCUCUACUCAGUGCCCCUCCCCACGUCCUCCCCCCAAUGCCCUCCCUCUGUCUCCCGUUCCUCCAGUCACUGUUACCACAUCGGCAGGGGUCUAAAGGUCACCUCAAUGAAGACAUGACCAAGAUACACUCUGAACACUUGUGUGGAGCCACCUCACGAUCGACCUGUCACCAGCAUCACCUUCCAACCACGUCGCCAUGCUAACAAGACGUCCAAUCAGAUCCCUCUAUUGGUCUCCACGAGUCUAGAUGGCCACUUCAAGACGUGGGUCCUCCUAGGAGAGGAAGUGGGUGUGUCAUGGUCGUGUCAGGCAGUGGGUUACUACCAUGGUCUGGAGAGUGUGGGGGCGUGCUUCAGUGAGGAUGGGUCACUACUGGCUGUCAACUUCAAGACUUGUCUGACUCUGUGGGACCCAGUGAACUGUGAGCUGAGGAAGACUCUCUGUAACCCUUUCAAGAGUGGAGACUAUCGGUGUAUGGUGUUUGGUCAUAAGAGCUCUUCCCAGUAUCUUGUGACAGCCUCAGAGACUCACCUCCAAGUCUGGGACCUCCUCUCUUGCUCAGUGCUGUGGUGUGUGAAGACCAGAGUGUGUUCCAUGGUAUCUGAUCCUCUGAGUCAACUCACAGCUGUGUUUGUACCCUCAGGGAAUGACCCACCAUCCACACAUUUGUACCUGAUAGACCCCUCCUCCCCCACUCCACUGGCCGUACAUCACUCUGUGUGCUCGGGGCAAGUGCUGGGGGGCGUGUUCUUACCCCCUCCGUCAGGGGGUACCUCCACACUGUACUUCAUGGACAAGGCACAGGUGUUGUAUGGCCUAGAGGAGGAAGGUAAAGAGAAGAGUGAUGACUCCCGGCCGUUACUAGGGGACAAUGUUCCCACGUCAGAGAGGGCAUUCUGGGAUAUCUUUGGAGGCAGCAAACUACAAAACAGAGGUUCUACAGUACACCACAAGUUGAACAGCACGUCCAAACCAUCACUCUCUCUACUCAGUGCCCCUCCCCACGUCCUCCCCCCAAUGCCUUCCCUCUGUCUCCCGUUCCUCCAGUCACUGUUACCACAUCGGCAGGGGUCUAAAGGUCACGAGGAGGAAGACAUGGUCGAGAGUGAGGUCGAAGGUUUGAGUUCAGAGGAUGAAGGUCAGCCAGGAGUGGGUGUGGCCUCUAGUAAAGCUAGCAAUGUGAUGGAAGUGGACAUUGAGUGUAGAGACUUGGAGGUCAAGAACUAUGACUGGCUAGUAGAGCAUUUCAGAAUAAUGUGAUCUUUGUGUGAAUCAUGCAAGCAUUCUUGACAAUACACAAUGGUUGUACGGGUUUAUUAUAGC